GUGCGCAUUCGGCAUCCGCCAUCACUCUCACAAAUCACGCACAUAGCUUUACCUACCAUGAUUCGCUGCAACAUCUGCCAGCGGGUGCCGCAGCACCCCGUCGUGUCUGUGAAAUCGGGACACAUCUUUGAGCGCACCCUUAUUGAGACGUACAUCGACGAGCACGGGCGCUGCCCUGUGACAGGACAGCCCUUGCGGAGGGAGGACCUAGUGCCGGUCCAAGGCGCCACUCCAGACACCACGGUGGCCUCCAGCGGCAGCCUCGGCGCCGCCUCUGUGCCCACGCUCUUGGAGCGUCUCCAGGCGGAGUGGGAGGGCGUCGCACUGGAGCAGUUCGCCUUGCGUCAGCAGGUCACCCAGAUGCAGCUGGAGCUCGCCCACGCCCUGCAGCAGUACGAUGCCGCCUGCCACGUCAUCGCGAAGCUCAACAAGGAAUUGACGGCGCUGCGCGGAGAGGACGGGGGCGCCGCGGGAGCCCACGACGACGCGCCGGCCGUUGACGUGCCGCCGGCGCUGCUGCGCGCGAUGGACGAAGUCGAGGCGGCGGAGCGCAAAAGCCGCAAACAGCGCAAGUCCGCCGCCGCCGCCUUCCCGCAGAGCCUGGCCGAGGAGGCGCAGUGGACUCUCGAUGCGUCGCACGCUUCCGCCGUGCGUGUGGCAGUAUCAGCGGACGGCGCGAGCGUCUAUGUCAGCCAAAUCACGGGCGAUCACGCGGUGGUGCGCUAUGGCCUCGGCAGUCUCGCCGAAGAGUGCCGCGGCGUGGGUCACACGGCGGCUGUGCACACGAUUGCGACGGCACCCGAUGCCGCGCUGUCUGCCGCCGAGGACGGCACCGUGCGGGUGUGGAGGGCGAAAGGGGCGGCGCUGCACUGCGCCCACACGUUGCGGUACGCCGGCGGUGUGGCCGCGAUGAGUCAACGCAUGGUGGGCGGCGCCUAUGCCCUAUGCGGUGCACCGGACGGCAGUCUCUACUUGUCUGACGUGGAGCAAGGCGCUCACGUCGUGGUCACCGCACCCCUCGUACAGUCUUCAGGAGGACUGUCGUGUGUGGAGCUGCACCCCUACUCGUCCUUGGCGGUGGCGGCGACGCAGCCGGAGGACGUGCAGCUGUGGGAUAUGCGGGCGAUGGCACCUAACACGAUGAUCGCCCUCCCGCAGAGCGGCGCCACAAAGCGCGUGCACGUCGCUUCUGCGUCGUUUAGCGCCGACUGCGUGUCGUUGGCCGCCGGCCUGUCGGAUGGAUCGACCUACGUGUGGGACCUCCGGCAGGUCUCGUCUCCCGUGGCGGUGUUGCCGCCAAACCCGCAGUCAAUUCCCGCGACGGUGCGUUACUCCAUGGAUGGUCGCACUCUCGCUGUUGCCGGUGCUGGUCUUUCUCUCUACACCUCCUUCAACGCGUCAUCUGCGAGUGCGGAGCCGACGUUGACGACCGGGGCGGCGAACGCUGCGAUGUGCGACGUGUGCUGGACACCGAACGGCGUGGGCUUAGUGGGUGGGUCGGUGGACGGCGUUGUUCGUCUGUACUCUACGUCCGUGUAA